UACCGUUUCCUAGGAAACCGGAGCCUAGAUGGCGAAAUCAUCAACCACCAUUUUCCAGACGAGAGAUGUGCAACGUGCCUUCUCCUCCCGUUAUUUAAACGUCAAGUUAAGCGCUCAGCCAAAAGGGAGAAAAAGGUCCCAGUUGAUGGAUUUUGACAUGGACUAUGAGCGGCCAAACGUUGAGACCAUCAAGUGCGUGGUGGUUGGGGACAAUGCGGUGGGGAAGACGCGGUUGAUCUGCGCCCGUGCCUGCAAUGCCACGCUCACACAGUACCAGCUGCUUGCCACUCACGUGCCCACCGUCUGGGCCAUCGACCAAUACCGCGUCUGCCAGGAGGUUUUGGAGCGCUCUAGAGAUGUGGUGGACGACGUCAGCGUUUCCCUGCGCCUCUGGGACACCUUCGGGGAUCACCACAAGGACCGGCGCUUCGCCUACGGAAGGUCGGACGUGGUGGUGCUCUGCUUCUCCAUCGCCAACCCCAACUCCCUGCACCAUGUGAGGACCAUGUGGUACCCAGAGAUCAAGCAUUUCUGCCCACGUGCUCCCGUCAUUCUGGUCGGGUGCCAGCUGGACCUGCGCUAUGCUGACCUUGAGGCCGUAAACAGAGCACGGCGCCCCCUAGCCAGACCCAUUAAGUCCCAUGAGAUCCUGGCACCGGAGAAAGGCCGUGAGGUGGCGAAGGAGCUGGGCGUGCCGUACUACGAGACCAGCGUCGUGGCGCAGUUCGGGGUGAAGGACGUCUUUGACAACGCGAUCCGUGCUGCUCUCAUCUCACGGCGCCACCUGCAGUUCUGGAAGUCGCACCUCCGUAACGUCCAGCGGCCUCUGCUGCAGGCACCCUUCCUGCCUCCCAAGCCCCCGCCCCCUAUAAUCACUGUUCCCCCUGCACCGUCCACCGCUGAGGAGCACCCCGGCCGGCUGCUGGAGGACCCACUGUGCGCCGAUGUCAUCCUGGUCCUGCAGGAGCAGCAUCGCAUCUUCGCCCACAAGAUCUACCUGGCCACCGCCUCAUCCAAAUUCUACGACCUCUUCCUCAUGGACCUGAGUGCAGAGGCACAGGAGGAGGAACAUGAGGAGAAGAAGGAGGUGCUGCCUCGGGGCCCAUCCCUCCACUGCCGGGAACCCCCGGUGCGGGCUGCCAGCUUCGACGUGCGGGACAGCGGUGAGGAGGGCACCCGGGCCGGGCCCCGGGGUUGCACCAGCGACGGUGCGCUGAAAGGGGGCGAUUCGGAAGUGUGCCUCAGGGGUCGCCUGCUGUCCACCUGGAGCCGGGCGUUCGUGAGCAUCCAGGAGGACCUGGUGGACGACCCAGUUACCUACGCGCCGCGGCUCAUGACGGUGGUGCACUUGGAUUCCUCAGUGCUGCUGGGCCCCUUCCGGGCAGUUUUGCGAUACCUCUACACGGGUGAGCUGGACGUGCACGAGAAGGAGCUCAUGCACAUCGCGCACAUCGCCGAGCUGCUCGAGGUGUUCGACCUGCGCAUGAUGGUCGCCAACAUCCUCAACAAUGAGGCCUUCAUGAACCAGGAGAUCACCAAAGCCUUCCAUGUGCGCCGCACCAACAGGGUGAAGGAAUGCCUGGCCAAGGGCACCUUCUCAGAUGUGAUGUUCAAAGUGGACGAUGGUACCAUCCCGGCCCACAAGCCACUGCUCAUUUCCAGCUGUGACUGGAUGGCAGCCAUGUUUGGGGGGCCCUUUGUGGAGAGCUGCACCAAGGAGGUGCUUUUCCCCAACACCACACGCAGCUGCAUGCGUGCAGUGAUGCAGUACCUAUACACUGGGCGCUUCUGCUCGCGGCCAGACCUCGACGCCAUGGAGCUCAUCAUUCUAGCCAACCGCCUCUGCCUCCCUCACCUUGUGGCUCUUACAGAGCUGUACACGGUGACCAUUCUGAUGGAGGCUGCCAUGAUGGGGGCUGACAUCGACGGCGACGUGCUGCUGUACCUUGAGAUGGCUCAGUUCCACCGUGCCCAUCAGCUCACUGAUUGGUGCCUUCACCACAUCUGCACCAACUACAACAGCGUGUGCCGCAAGUUUCCCAGGGACAUGAAAGCUAAAUCCACAGAAAACCAAGAGUACUUCGAAAAGCAUCGCUGGCCACCCGUCUGGUACCUGAAGGAGGACGACCACUACCAGCGAGCGCGGAAGGAGAGGGAGAAGGAGGACUUCUUGUAUCAGAAGCGGCAGUGCAAGCGGAAAUGGCUGUUCUGGAACCUUCCGUCUUCGCCCUCCUCCAGUUCCCCAUCUGGUUCUUCCGCAGUUGUCUGAUCGGUCGCUGUUGGAGAGGUACCACCCUUCGCUCAUGCGACUGGGCCGGACUGUGCUCUGCGAGCUGCACCGAGGCUGGCCAGAUGGACUGAUUCCUUUUGGGCUACAUUAUCCGCAGCCAGCAUCCAGUGUCUGCAACA